UUCCCUUGCUAGGCAAAAAACUAAAAUGAUUUUUGGGCCAGUGCAAAGAGUCGCUUGUGUACCAGCGCUGGAGGUAUCGAACGUCACGAGACAAAAAAUUAACAAAACAAAAAACACGCCUUCUGCUUAAUCUGCCGCCGAACUCCUUUUCCCGGCUGUUGGCCUUUUAAGGGUCCAAAUCUGAGAAAAGUACGCCACGAUGGAGGGGAUGGCUUCCUUCGAUUAUGAUCAGUACUUUUCCGAGGAAACGUUCAUCAUCGAUGAUUUCGGUGAGAUCUGCGAGGAUAUAGUCCGGAUUACCGGUGCCGGUUCGCAGUUCUUCUACAAGGAUUUUGACUCUGAGCUUGGCCAUCCAGAUAGUACGACGCCACCCGGAAGCUACACGGCAGCAAGAUGCUUCGAAAAGGAGCUUCCUUCGCUGUUCUCCGAAAUGGAGUACCUCACCGAAGUCUUACCGGAACCGGAUACAACGUACCGUAAGUCCGUGCCGCUUGUGGUGAAUCCAGUGGAAUUUUCGUGUAAAAGACCCGCUCCGUUACAACAAGAUGCCUCCGGUUCGGCGCUGGUUGAACAAUCGACCGCACAGCUUUCGAACACUUGUGUUGAUGAUUCGGCGUGUCAAGGUCAUAAUGCGGAAGAGCGCAACACGAACACGGAUCGAGAACAGCUUUCUGGGAUGACCGAUCCGACAGAGUACCAACGAAUUCUUAACAAUUAUAUUCAGAAAGGACGAAGGAAGCUAGAGGCUAGCUCUUACUCCAAAAUGAAAGCCACAAGUCUUACCAAAGAAAAGAGUUUCUGCCGCUCUACCUCGACGAUCGGAACACCCACAACUCCCACAAGUAACUUGCUCAAUGGAUCGUUUGAAGCGUGCCAUUCAGCCUCUUCCGCCACUGCCAUGGUGAAUCCUCUUUCAGUAUUGCCCGACAGUGCAUCUCAACCCCUUGCCCGCUGUUCUUCCACUACUGCCAACGGCGCAGAUCAAUGUAUCUCCGCGACGAUGACGGCUGCUUACCUGAAACCUCAGGGACUACCAAAGGGACGCACCGGCGUAACGAAUCGGACAGCAGCGAACUUACCAAAGGCUACCAGAACGUAUCGAUGUCAGGAUUGCAGCUGCACUUUUCCUUCCAGCGAGCAUCUGCGCAGGCACACGUGCAUCAUCACUCUGCACUAUCAGUGCCAGCUGUGCUUGCGGGAGUUCAAAAAACGCAAAACUCUGGAGCAUCAUAUGAAAUCUCAUGACAAAGUGUUCUCUACUGAUGAUGAUUUAAGGAAGUAGGAGGAUUGUGG